CAACCAGCCUUCAAAGCGGGACUGCUUUUCCUAUAGAUAAAAACGGCAAGUUUUGAUAUAUUUCUGGUUUCUUUCGUUUCAAUAGCGGAAUCGCUUUCACUAGCGGAACAUAAAGUGCCGCCUGGGGCGACUUACUCAGCAUUGUCAUGGUUUUUGGGUGACCAUUGCUGUCCAGGGAGCGUCGACUGAAAGCCAAAAACCAGAUUAGUAGAACAACUUGGCUUGAAUCUCAUCACCUAAACAGAUCUGAGCUACAUAAUGGAGGCAAUAGACACCUUGCAGAGCUCUGCCCCAGAGACGAAGGCUGAGCGGAUUGCUCGCUACAAGGCAGAGAGAAGGAGGGAGUUGGCGGAGCGCUAUGGCAACACAGAGGAAUUCACCUCUAAAUAUGUCCGUAGGGACCGGAAAAUUGGUGAGACAUCUGAAACAGCGUCCUCUGGAAUUAAGGAAAGAGACAAACACGAGGAUAAUGGGUCAGAGGCGACGUACUCCAGGAGGGGAUUGAGAAGUAAAACUGCAGACUCCAGUGAUGAGGUCACCCAGGAAUUGGAGGCAGAGACAAAAUCAGAGGCCUUGUCCUCCAUAAAGGUGUCUUCUAACUUUAGGCUGCUGGAAACCGAUGACCCAGAGGAGCAUAAGGCUGAUCAGAAGUCUGCAGAAACCACAAAGAAGGCGUCUUAUUUUAAGGCUGCUUAG